AUGAAAUUACUUUACUCAUAUGGUAUCAGAGCGAUCUGAUUUCGUUCUCUAACAACCUUCCGCGAUAUUCAUCUCUGUUCACUCACGUUCAUCGGAUUCUCGCCGGAUUCUCGCCGGAUUCUCACCGGAUUCUCAUCGGAUUCUUCCGAUCGUUUGUCGUCACCUUCCUCGAGUCGUCAGUUCCCUCACAUCCCUGUGCAAUCUCGGCUCAUUUCAGAUUGUCCUUGAUAAUCGGAGUUCGAGAUCGACAUCAAUGGGGAAACGUAACUGCAAAUCGAGAUACCGUCGUCCUUCGCCAGAUCUCCCUGAGUUUGGCUCUCAAUCUUCACCGUUGCGUCGCGAUGAUCCUUCUGGCUCUAAUCCAGCUCGUGCCGUCAACGAAUCUCAAGAUCGAACUGUUCGAUCUGGUACUUCACCUUCACUAGCUCGGUUCGAGGUAUCUGAUUCACCUGAUAAUAUUCAUUCGCCUUAUCACCUCUUGAAUUCCGAUCAUCCUGGUUUAGUUCUAGCUGCGGAACCUCUUGAUGGUAGUAACUAUGGCGUUUGGAUUAUUGCGAUGACUACUAGUCUUGAGGCUAAGAACAAGUUAGGGUUUGUUGAUGGAUCUAUCGCUAAACCUUCUGAGGAUGAUGCAUAUUUCAAGAUUUGGUGUCGAUGUAACAGCAUGAUCAAGUCUUGGCUGUUGAAUAGCGUCACCAAACAGAUCUAUACGAGUAUCUUGUACUUCAAGAACGCAUCAGACAUUUGGACGGAUCUUCAUACGCGCUAUCACAAAUCCAAUCUCCCAAGACUCUACAAGCUUCGUCAUCAGCUUCAUUCCUUCAAGCAAGGAAGUAUGGAUCUCUCCUCAUAUCACACGAAGACUCAGUCAUUGUGGGAGGAACUAUCAAGUCUUCAGGUUGCUAAUCAUACUGUUGCAGAUCUUUUGGCAGAGAGGGAAACUAAUCGCAUUAUCGACUUUCUCAUGGGACUUAAUGACAAUUAUGAGAACAUCAGAAGUCGUAUUCUCAUGAAGAAGGUCCUUCCAAGUUUCUCUGAAGUCUUCAACCUUUUGGAUCAAGAGGACAGUCAUCGUGCUGCUCACUCUCAGACUUCAUCCCUCUUGGAACCUCCCUCAGCUUUUCAAGUUUCUCAGCCUGCUGAUUCAUCUGUCAAUAAACCUCCGCAACAUUCUGCUGGUUAUCAAAGGAAAGACAGACCGUAUUGUACAUUCUGCCAUCGUCCUGGUCAUGUGGUUGAUCGCUGUUACAAGAAACAUGGUUAUCCCAAUAGUAUGAAACCUUCUCCCAAAUCUGAUCAGAUGGUUUCUGCCUUGACAGCCAAUGUUACAGCUAUCGACUCUCUUCAACAUGAUUCUCACAGUGCAGAUGAUCUGUCUCCUAUUCAGAUUCAGCAACUGGUUUCUUUUCUCAGCACCAAGCUUCAGACUUCAACGGCUAAUCCCACACCAGAAGUUCAUUUGGUCUCAGCUUCCAUCCCUUCUUCUUCAACCAUUUGCCCAAUAUCCGGAUCAUACUCGGGGAUUAAUGAUUGGAAUGGGUAGAGAAGUGGCCAACCUAUACUUUCUGGAUAUCGAGUCUUUAACUUCUUCAGGUAUUUUACCAAAUAUUACUGUUGCUGCAGUUUCUAGUAUCGCCUUAUGGCAUAAGAGAUUGGGUCAUCCCUCCUUGUCCAAACUUGAGUCUAUGCAUUCUGUUCUAGAUAUUCCUAAACACCAAAGUAAAAGUGAUCCUCAUUGUAAAGUUUGUCAUUUAUCAAAACAAAAACAUCUUCCUUUUAUCUCUCAUAAUAACCUCAGUUCACAACCGUUUGAUUUAGUUCACAUUGAUACUUGGGGUCCCUUUUCCACAACUACUCAUGAUGGUUUUAGAUACUUCUUGACCAUUGUUGAUGAUUGUUCUCGAGCCACUUGGGUUUAUCUCCUUAAGAACAAAUCUGAUGUCCUUACUAUUUUCCCCGGGUUCAUAGCCAUGAUAGAAACUCAGUUUGAUAGGAAGCUUAAGGGGGUUAGAUCUGACAAUGCUCCAGAACUCAAAUUCACAUCUCUUUUUCAAUCUAAAGGCAUUGCCUCUUUUCAUUCUUGUCCCGAGACCCCGCAACAAAAUUCAGUUGUGGAACGCAAGCAUCAGCACAUACUCAAUGUUGCUCGAGCUCUUUUAUUUCAAUCUCAUAUUCCUCUUCCUUACUGGGGUGACUGCAUUCUCACUGCAGUUCACUUGAUCAACCGUCUUCCUUCUCCUCUUCUUAAAAACCGUAGCCCUUUUGAAGUCUUAACUCACAAAUUGCCAGAUUAUGAUCAAUUAAAAUCUUUUGGGUGUCUUUGUUAUGCUUCCACAUCUUCUCAAGGCAGACUAAAAUUCGAUCCCAGAGCGCGUGCUUGUGUUCUUCUUGGUUACCCCUCGGGAACAAAAGGCUAUAAACUUCUUGAUCUUGAAACUAACUCUAUUGUUGUUUCUCGUCAUGUAGUCUU